CCACUUUGCGUUAGCUGAAGCCUUACAGUAUUAUAGAAGCGGGCAAAGCGAUCACUUCUUCGUAAAUUCUAGUGCUGAUAAAACUAAGUGUUUAAUUCUAGCUUGUUUGUUGUUUUUAUUUUUUACUGAAAAUAACUGAAAAUGCCAAUUGUUCAAACUGUUCUUGGACCCAUCGAUCCCAAUCUACUUGGCCGUACACUCACCCAUGAGCAUCUCGCAUUGGAUUUUGAAGGUUUCUAUUGUGAACCACCAGAGGAGUUCAAGCCAUAUCUGAAGCAGAAAAUUAGCCUGGAAACCGUCGGCUACGUACGUCAGUAUCCCUAUUCAUCGCACGAAAAUAUCCACUUCCACGAUGAGGAGGCACACGAGGCGGUCAGGAAAGACAUACAACUAUAUAAGAAGUACGGCGGUGGUUCAAUUGUGGAGAAUAGUUCGCAUGGAUUGAAACGCAACCUCGAACUUAUGGUGGAUGUGGCGAAGAGCACAGGUGUGCAUGUUAUCGCCGGCACCGGACAUUAUGUGCACAAUCUGCAGGAAAAGGAUCACUUGGGCAUGACUGUGGAGCAAUUGACCGAUUUGUAUUCGAGAGAAAUCAUUACUGGUGUUGAAGUGGAGGGUGUGGGCAUGGUCAAGUGCGGCUACAUUGGCGAAGUGGGCAGCGUUUAUCCACUACAUGAUUUUGAGAAACGUGCCAUACGCGCCACCGGCGAAAUACAGGAAGUGCUUGGCUGUGGUGUUUCCUUCCAUCCUGGUCGUGAUGCAGAGGCGCCUUUCGAAAUCAUGCGUCUCUAUUUGGAGGCCGGCGGUCGUGCUGACAAAGCCAUCAUGUCGCAUGUGGAUCGCACCCUCUUGGACAUCGAUCAAGUGCUGGAGUUCGCCAAGCUAGGCAGUUACAUUCAAUACGAUCUCUUCGGUAUUGAGUGUUCAUUCUAUCAGCUGAAUUCCACUGUUGACAUGCCAUCGGAUGGCCAGCGUCUAUCGAAUGUCUUGAAAUUGCUAGAGGAGGGUUUGGUGAAUCGCGUUUUACUCUCACAUGAUAUACACACGAAACAUCGUUUGACUUCUUAUGGCGGCCAUGGCUAUCACCACGUUUAUAUGAAUAUUCUGCCACGCAUGUUUGCCAGAGGCGUCUCAGUUGAGGAUGUUGAACAGAUAACCGUUACAAACCCAGCCAAUUGGUUACAAUUUAAUAUUUAAUAUGUAGAAAGCUUAAAAAAAUAAUAUCAAAAAUGCUUUGCCUCGUAAUGUAUUUCUUGAAUUUUUUGUUUAUUUUAUAAUGUUGUCAUAAAAUUAUAUUUAUUGUCGUUUAAUUAAAGUUAUUAUAAUUAUAA